AUGGAAAAAAUAUCCUUUGAAAAGUAAGCUAUUUCUUAGUAUUAAUAGAGGACUUUUUAUUUACACCCUCCUAUAGAACUAUAAUUAAAAGGUUUUAUUUUGAUAAUAAAUUCAAGUUAAUAACAAGAACCAUUUCUUGAUUACCCAGGAAACUUUGAAACAGUUGAAUUAGAUUGCAUUGGAGAAUAAGAAACAUAAAAAGAAAAUAACUCUUAUGAUUAGAUUUAUUCACUAUAUGAAAAUGUACAUUAAAAUGUUAAAAUAGAAAGUAGUUAAUCUUUUCAAAUACCCUAAUCAGAAGACAGAAAUAAUUACUAAGAUUAAAAUCUUCGCUUUAAAUCAACUAUAAGUUGCGACGAAUAAAAAUGA